GUUGGGAAAUUACAUGAUGAAGUAAAAAGUUUGAAACCAAUUGAAAAGCACAGAUGAGUGUGUUAGGAAGAAUAUAGUCAGGUGCGCAUAAACAGGCUUUCGUAACUGAGGAGAAUAUAUGUAGUAUUUUUCAUUGUAUGUACGCAAAAUUAACCAUAAAAUAUGAAUGAAUGUGAACACAUGAAAAAGGGGAAAAAAAGACUCGCAAGUUUUCUCUGAACACAUAAUUACAUUUUCAGCCAGCAUCUUCUACGCCUUUCUGUAACUGCACACUUCCUCUGUUUCACUCUCCUUUUUUUCUUCACCCCAUUAUUUUUCCCCUAAGAAUUCCCAGAAAUUUAACGAGAUCACAUAAUCUUGUUUAGCUUUAGAUUGUUUUUUUUAUCUUUCUUGAUCACAUUUCUUUGUUUUGCAUUCUUCAUCAAUGCAAAUUUGUGGGUUCAUUGAUUUGUAAAAUUCUGAUUCUUUUGAAUUACAUACCCUCCCUUUUCUUGAAGGGAGGAGAGAGAAUCAAAGGGUUAGUUUUUAAAUUUUCAGGAAAGCAAAUGAUUGAUUGGUUUUGUUUUGGGUGGAGAAAGAGGAGAAAUUAUGAGGAAUUUAAUGGAGAAAAGUUUCAGUCUUUUAAAACUCCUAGCAUCUCUGAUCGUAAUGUGGAAGCCAAUAAACAUGGGCGCAGAGCUGAGGCAGAUUCCAAAGGGCAGUCCCUUAUUACCAAUAAUGUAGCUGGCCAUGAUGGAGGUAGAGGUACAGUGUUCAACUAUAGAGACCUUGCUACAGCAACUAGGAACUUUCAUCCAGAUACUUUCCUUGGGGAAGGCGGAUUUGGGUCUGUUUACAAGGGAAAACUUCUGGAUACUGGUGAGUAUGUAUGAUUCCGCACAGGUGGUUGCUGUUAAGAAGCUUAAUCUAACAGGUUUUCAAGGUGAAAAAGAGUUCCUAGUGGAGGUUCUCAUGCUCUCUCUUUUGCGCCACCCUAAUCUUGUACAUAUGAUUGGCUACUGUGCUGAAGGCUCGCAACGGCUGCUAGUCCUUGAAUUCAUGCCCUUGGGAUCGCUUGAAGCUCAUCUUCAUGAUCUUCCACCUGAAAAGGAGCCACUAGACUGGAAUACAAGAAUGAAAAUUGCAGCUGGUGCAGCAAAAGGAGUGGAUUACUUGCACAAUGAAGCGAAACCAUCUGUUAUAUUCAGAGACUUAAAACCAUCUAACAUUUUGCUAGAUAAUGAGUACAACCCAAAACUCUCCGAUUUUGGUCUUGCCAAAUUUGGUCCAGUUGGAGAUAAUUCUCACGUCUCCACUAGAGUGAUGGGUACCCAUGGGUAUUGUGCUCCCGAGUAUUUCUUAACUGGUAAAUUGACAGCAAAAUCUGAUACAUUCAGUUUUGGGGUAGUCUUGUUGGAGCUUAUUACUGGGCGUAAAGCAGUUGAUACAACUCGUCAUGGUGGAAGAACUUCUCUUCUUGAUUGGGCACGUCCGCUAUUGAAAGAUAGAAAGAAUCAUAUGCAGUUAGCAGAUCCUAGGCUGAAUGGGCAGUUUCCUAUGUCCGCGCUGCACAGGGCUGUAGAGGUUGCAGCAAUGUGCCUCAGAGAGAAAGCCAAUGCCCGGCCCACUAUGAAUGAAGUGGUUCUUGCCAUGAACUAUCUGACAUCAAAGAAGCAUGGUCGUCCUCGCAGUAUAUCUGAAGGAAGCUCUAUAGAUAUUGGACCCAGUGAAACGGUCAAGACAUCAAACCGUGAUGUUGUAAAUAGAGAACAGGCUGUAGCAGAGGCUAAAAUGUGGGGAGAGAAAUGGAGAGAGAAGAGACGACAAAGUACAGGUGGUGGCUCUGACGGGGUGGACCAGUUGGGUUGAGCAAGUGUACAACUAGCACAAGGAAUUGUAGAAGUGGUUCAAAGUCUGUAGAAGUAGAACUGUAGAAUCUAGUUGGAAUGACGGCCAAGCUCGUGAUUCUUUAACAACAAUGGAUACUUUUGAGUAUUUGCAUACAUACUGACAUAGUGUUAAUGUUAUGAACUGAAUCAUAGUAGUAGAAAAUGAUAAUCACAGAAACACAGAGGUGUUGAACA